AUGGUGAUGCAGCGUGCUGGUGCUGCGCUUCUUCCUCGCGGGGUCCCUGACAGGGCUGCCUCAACUGGUCGGCCCACCGUGAACCAGACCGACCUGACCGUCACCAUCGCCUCUGCUAACGUCCAGACGUUGCUCCCGCACCAGGAGGGGCGCGCGUGCUCCCACAACUCGGUAAAUCCGCUUUUGAGCAAGGUGGAGGCCCUUGAGACCCAGUUCAUGCACGCUCAACUUGACAUCGUAGGCGUGCAGGAGGGGCGGGCUCGAACAGAGGGGUCGCAGACAGGAGUAUACUACAAGCGCCUCAUCGGGGCUGCAACGCCAGAGGGCGCUCAAGGAGUUCAGCUGUGGGUCCGCUUGGGCGCCCACAUACAGGUGCUUCGCUGGCAGAACGUCUCACCUCGGACGAUGUUUGCGUCGCUGCAGCUCCGGAACGGGGCUCUCCUUGUAGUUGUAGUCGCGCAUGCGCCGCAUAUGGGAUGGUCGGAGGAGGCCCGCCAUGACUUUUGGUACCUACUGAGCGAGACCAUGUCUACAGUACGUGCCAAAUUUCACACAGCCCAUAUCCGGAUCGCUAUCGAUGCCAACGGGCGCACGGGGUCCACAGCCUCCCAGUAUAUUGGCACUGUGGACGCCGGGGUGGAGAAUGACAACGGGGCCUUAUUGCGACGUUUCGCUGGCGAGGAGCACCUGUAUGCCGUCAACACGUUCUGGCCAGCUGGGACUACUUGGUGCUCUACUCGUGGGCACCGCCGUCGCAUCGACUACAUCUUGGCCGACUCCAAGGACUUCGUGACGCAGUGCCGGGUUGCGCCUGACAUCGAUUUGACUUUCAACGAGUAUGAAGAUCAUCGGCCCAUCAUUGUCACCGAGCGUAUCCCGGCAGCGGCCCGCCAGGGCUCCAGCAAGCAGCCGGCGAUGUUCAAGAUGAACAAGACGGCGUUGGGGUGUCCCCAGCUCUGCGACUUGUUCCAGCAGCGCGUCUGGAAGUACCAGUGCCCUGCCAAUGCCUCAAUGGACGAGUGGUUGGAAUCCUUGAACUCCCACGUUCGACAAUGUGUUCGGGAAGUGUUUGGCCCUCCAGAGGGCGUCCCCAGGCAGGCGUGGAUUUCCGCUACGACGUGGGAAAUCAUAAAGCUGAUCGCCCCUGCCCGCCGGGCCAUGCAUGAAGUGCGCCGCGGCGCGUUCCCCGCGGCCGUCCGCCGCGGGGCUUUCCGGGUGUGGCAGGCAGCUUAUGUGAAGGCUCGUGCGCGCCCCCCGCCGAGCGAGAAGUUCACCAUGCGGGUUGUUGUUGGCGACGCGCUCGACAACAUCACUAUCUGCAACGAGGCCCGGUCGCGCGCGGCAGCGUGGUGCAGGUGGAUCAGGCGACUCCAGAACUGGGCCCGACCGUCGCUUGCUGCCGACCGUGCUGCUUUCCUCCAGGCGUUAGCCGGAAAAGCCCAGCACGCCGUGCUCACGUCAGACAUGCGCACUGGCUAUGCCGUUGCUCGGGCCCUCGGUGCGAAGAAGAGUGCGCCAACUUCUUCGGUGAGGCGCAAAGACGGGGCUCUCACCACGUCCACCCGCGAGGCCACGGAGCGCUGGGGGGAGCGCUACUCGGAGGUAUAUCGAGGGCAGGCCCUCGAAGACAGCGCCAACAGUUACCCUCCAGAUGUGUGCGACACCAAAGCUGUGGCCAAUUAUGGCCCUGAGUCGACGCGCGUAGCGUUCGGCAAGCUUGGACGCAACAAAGGUGUCGGGCCUGAUCAGAUCCCUGGGGAACUCCUUGCUGCCGGAGGCUGUGCCACUGCGUCCAAGUAUGGGGACAUCAACGCCGCCGUAGCAAUCUCCACACGCUGGCCCUCGCAGUGGCAGGGCGGGCAGAUUGUCAGCGCUUGGAAGAAGAAGGGCAGCGCACACGAGUGUGAUGACCACUGCGGACUCCUCCUAUCAGAUCAUGCUGGCAAAGCGCUGACUGGCAUGCUCAAGCGGUCGAUUGAGGACGUGUGCACUGCCAAGAUGCCCAUCAACCAGCACGGGGCUGUGGACGGCAGGGGCGCCGAAUUCGCAUCGCAUAUCGUUGCCUCGAUGAUAGGCUGGAGCAUCUUUAUUCUGCACUUGGAUCUUGUCAAAGCGUUCGACAGAGUGAUCCGUCAGCUAGUGAUGGGAUGGGGGCAAGUACCUUGUGACCGGCAGUUGGACUUCCUCCGCGAUCUGGGUGUCUCUGAGGCCGCACUGGACGUCGCGUUUGUUGAUGACGAGGCUAUCUUCCUCGUGGCGUCGUCGGCGACCGCCAUGAUGACGAGCAUCCACAUUGUUCUCGGCACGCUGACUUCGGUAUUCAGAUCUUGCCACCUAGAGCUGAAUUGGGGCCUCGGCAAGUCCGAGUGCGUUCUUCGUCUCCGGGGGACUGGAGCCGCUACCGCGCUCGAGAAGUGGCCGCAGCCGGACGGGAGUUUGGGCAUACCGCUACAACAGUACGGGCACGACGGACUGCUCCGCAUUGUGCCUUGGUACAAACACCUUGGCUCUACCCUUGACAGCCUUGACAUGCACGUGGGCAACGUCUUACAUCACAUCAAGAGCGCUAUGGGUGAUUCCGCCCCCUUGGCCAUGAAGUUGUGCGGGUCCACGCUCAUUGCCGAU